UACGCGCGCUAUUUAAAAAGGACAGUGGUAUUUUUCCUCGCUGAGUAAAUUUCAUUGUUUUGAUCGUUUAUUACGUAUCAAGACUACUGUUUUUCACUUUAAUUGAAUUUAUUUCAGUUAAAGUAUUUGACUAAAGUAUCGUUUUUACUGUUUUUGUCGUUGGUACUCUUUAGUACCUCUUUUUCAACUGUAUCUGUUAGUACUUUUGGUCCUAGCAAUCUACAGCUCUUCACUUUUUUGGUCAUUGAUAAUUUUUUUGUUUCUGGGUAUCAUCGCAUAUUGAAAAAACCCCUCCUAAAUGACCGGACAGUGUAAAAAAAGCAGUUGCCAACGUCCGGGUUGUCGUUAUCCUGUUGAAAGCGGCAUGCAGUGCGACGAGUGCAAAGGCUGGUACCACGAAGUUUGCACGAACUUAACGCCUGCUGCUUUCAAACGGUUCAGUAAGAAGGGUUGUGUGUGGCUUUGUCAACAGUGCUGCUCGGAUGCAAACAGCUUGUUAACCGAGGCCAUCUCACUGGUUGAUGCUGCAAAGAAGUGUUUCAACAAGCAUAGUCGGAACGCGUCAAACAGCACUCGAUCUGUUGACACGCAAAUCAAUGUGAAGGAAACUAAGGUGAGUCCGGUGAUAGAUGACUCACGCCCGUCAAAGAAGGAAAAGCAGUCUCCAAAGGGGCCUGCCUUAAACAAAAGCUCAAGAAAAGUAGGGUCUUCUGUUCCCCGUCUCCCAGAUGGGAUCCAACAGGAAACACCUAGGAGCCGCAAUCGCAAGGCUCGAUCGGUUUCAAAUGGUAAACAUAACACGACCCCUCAGGUCGUCGACAACCCCCCAAAACCCAACACUAGGUUUGACGCAACUGCUAUUGCUUCUACCAGCACCGUUGACGAAUGGGUAAAGGUUGUAAGGAAGAAAAGUAUUGAUAUAAAAGGGAAACCUGCCCCCGUAAAAGUGGUUGAAAAAUCGAAAGCUGAUCAUAGCGACAGAUCAGCUAUUUUUCAUAGAAUCAAGGAGAGCGAUAGCUCUGAACCUAAAGCUCGUUUUGAGCAUGACAUUGUACUGAUUAGGCAGCUGCUUAAUCAACUCAUGCCUCAAAAUAUGACCGGGGUCACCUUGCUAAAGGUGUACAGACUAGGGAGUCUAACGGACUCGAAACCAAAUCAUUCCAGACUGCUUAAAGUAGUAUUCGGCUCUUCGAACGAACGUGACCUAAUUUUACAAAAUGGACACAAAUUAAAGGGUUCAGGAGUCUUUAUCCGAAAGGACCUACCGUUGGCAGACCGUGUUAAAAGACGGGAAGCCGAGAAAGAACUACAACAUAGGUUAGACGCUGGCGAAAAGGACCUGAAAAUUGUAAAUUUUCGGGUUGUAAGACUUCGACAGAGAAUGAUGCCGAAGCCACUCUGGGUGAAGCACGAAGGCACUUAAACAGGCUUCGGAUCUGUUACACCAAUGCACGAAGCUUACUUAAUAAGCGAUCGGAACUAGGUGUGCAGAUUGACUCUAUAAAGCCAGAUAUAAUCGCAGUAACAGAAACCUGGCUGACACAGGCUAUAGAUAGUAUAGAACUUGAUUUCGAGGGCUUUACGUUAGUAAGGGCCGACAGAACACAAAAGCGCAAAGGAGGGGGAGUAGCUCUAUUCAUUAGGAAUGCUAUCCCAUUUACCAUUAUCGAUAGUGUAUCCCAUGAGAGUGGGACGUGUGAAUUAGUUAGUCUUCGCUUAAAAUGCAAGGGACAAGAGCUGCUGAUUGGUUUGGUCUAUCGCAGUCCAAGCUGUGAGGCAAAUGAGAUCCUGUUAAGCAGUCUCAAUACUUGGUCCCAAAGUGGUCGAUGUCUAAUCCUAGGGGACUUUAAUGCACCUAUGGUAGACUGGGAAAAUCUGCGAACUAAAUCGUCGGAGAAUUCUUCCGAG